UUUUUAGUAAUGUUGCCUCUUUCAAACAGGAUAGGGCCAAGUGGCAAAACAUUUGGAAAACGCUGAAGUUACGUUACUCCUUUAUGUUAUAACAUCUAUAUGGACUUGGAUUACGGCAACUACCGAAUAUCAUUCACCAAGAAGCAUUCGAAGAAGAGUUGUAUCAAAAAGGACAUUUUUCUCUUCCUCUUUUUGGACCCCGCUAGCCGUGAACAGACGGGUUGUGCUCAGGAACAGCAGAGCACAACGACAAAGAUCUCAGGGAAAAGAGAGCUGUGGGGGCACAUUUCAUUAUUUGACUGCAGAAAAGUGACUGACUAGUACCAAAGAAAAUCUGUUUUGGAACCACGAACUUUUAACGCAAACAGCAUGAAGUGGAGUGCUGCACAGAUGAAGUGGCUCUUGUAGCUUCGAAAAUACGCGUAACGUUACAACUUCACUAAUGUGACCGCUAGUUCUCAACGUGUGCAAAUGGACCGUUCUAUGCGUGAGGAACCUGUAGAAAUCGAGUGUCUAAAUACCGCAACCAGCGACUAUAAAUACUGUAACAAUACUGUGUUUGUUUUCUAACUGUCUUUAUUGUACUGCUGUUAACGCGUUACAGGUAGAUAUUCUCAUCAGGUAGGGCAUGUAGGCUGCUCUUUCUCUCUACUGCUUAAUAUGGCAAGCCUGCCCAGAACAAAAACAUCAUGAUUGUACCUUAAAAGGCGUUUUUUGCAUGGGUUAUCCGAAUUGUAAUCAUUGGUAAAAUGUCCUAGUCGUGUUAUUUAUCCAAGGUAAAUGGGACAUGUUUGUUUUUGUUUACUGUAGAGAAGUUUGUCUGUUUUCUACAUUCUAUGUUGCUGGUCCGAAGCAUUUCUUCUGCUGUAGGAAUACUUGAAUCUUUGUUGUACGCACACUGUAGGUUAAUUUAUUGCGUAGUGGCGUAAUUUUGUAUUUUAUUAACGUGCUAGUAUAGUUCCAAGACUAUACCUGUUGAUUCAUUCAGAACGUAAUAUAUAUCUAUAUAUCUAUAGUCUAUCAUGGACCGACUUGGCAGUAAACUGUUGACAAAGUUGAAACUGACAGAUUCAGGGAGUGUGAAAUUCUCCAGUUCCAAAAAGAAGAAUGAACUGGCAAACACAAAUAAUAACAGCAACCGCAGCAACACCCCUACUGGUAUAGCCACACAUGGCAGCAGCAGCACCACAAGCUCCAGUGAUGUGGCCACCCAGACCGGCGGCCUGAGUGGAGGGCCCUCUACCAGAGUCUCUCCCUCGCCCACAGCCUCCAGCGCUGCCCCUGUGGCUGUGCCCGCAGAAUGCAGCCCACUGAACGAGCUCCACCCAGUGGCUCUGGCACCGCUGCGGCGCCCGCCAUCCCAGCUCCGCGCCUCCUGCUACAUCUCGGAGGGCGUGUCGGACGUUCGGUCGGGAGGCCCCUGCGAGGGGCCCUUGCGGUGUGACGGCGAACCGCAGCAGAUGGCGUGCGGGCUGAGCCCGCGGGCCUCGCUCAAUCAGCGGCGCUACUCGCUGGAGCUGCAGCAGCUCGUGCGUCGCCAGCAGCUGCUGUCGCAGCCGCCCCCCUCCAUGCCGCCGCUGUACCCUUCCUCCUCCUCCCACCCGUCGUGCCCGCGCUCGGCCGCCGAGCCGGGCUUCAUGCCCGAGCCGGAGCGCCACAAGCGCUUCUCCCUGCAGGAGGCGCUCUUCUACAAGCGCCUGAGCUCCGGGGGAGAGCCGUGGGACUGCGUCCGGCCCGCCUCGCUCUCGCACCCGCCACAGCGGGCUCUGGACGGGGCCGGGGGAAUGGGUCUGGGCGGCGGCGGCGGUAUGGGCAUCGGCAGUGGCUACUUCCCGCCAGGAGGCACGGCGCUGAGCCCCUGCUCGUCCUUCAGCCUGCAGGCCGAGUCGCUGCUGGCCAGCCCUCGCUCCAGCUUCGCCAGCAGCACGGCGAGCGGCGGAGGAGGGGUCAGCCCCAUGGGCAGCCGCUGCAGCAGCAACCGCACCAGCGGCAUCAGCCUGGGCUACGACUCGCGGCACAUGCCCUCCGGCGGACCGCUGCCGCCGCUGUUCUCCACCGCCCAGCUCGCGGGGGUCGCCAGUGGGCAGUGCUACCCUCACCACGUAGCAGGCAGGCCUUGCUCGCACGCCUCCAUGGAGGCAUGGGAUUACCUGGAGGGAGCAAUGGCUGGGGAGAACCGCCAUUCGUACCCGCCUGCCACCACCGGCAAGUCGGCGGAGGGCUGGGCCGAACACCGGGCGGGCCCGGCGGCGGUGAGCGAGGCCGAGCGGUCGUCGCGACUCUCGGACCUCCCCGGCGUACGCUACCAGCAGGAGCUGACGCGCCUCCUCCUGAGGGACGCUGCUGCCCUGGAAGGGGACGAUCUGAUGGGUGGUCUGACGCUUCAGGACCUCCACAUCACGGCACCCAAACCUUCGCUUACGCCCGCCACUGCGUCCAGUCACCAGACCACAAGUGGACCCCACAAAGCCCAGGAGGAGCCAGGAGGGGCCAGAGAGUCCGUGGAGAACCGGCAGGAGUUCUUUGGUCCCUGUGUGAAGUGUGGGAAAGGGGUGUACGGGGCAGACAACGCCUGCCAGGCCCUGGACAGUCUGUACCACACACGCUGCUUCACCUGCGUCUCGUGUGGUCGCACCCUACGGAACAAGGACUUCUACAAUGUCAAUGGGUCCGUGUACUGUAAAGAGGACUAUAUGUUCUCUGGCUUCCAGGCAGCCGCUGAGAAAUGCAAUGUGUGUGGCCAUCUUAUCCUAGAGCAGAUUCUGCAGGCUCUUGGGAAUUCGUACCACCCAGGCUGUUUCAGGUGCAUUGUGUGCUCUAAAGCCCUGGACGGUGUUCCGUUCACAGUAGACUACCUCAACCAUGUCUACUGUGUCGCUGACUACAACAGGACUUUCGCUCCUAAAUGUGCUGCCUGUCUACAACCCAUCUUACCUACUGAGGGCAGUGAGGAGAUUCUUAGGGUGGUGUCCAUGAACAAAGACUAUCACUUUGAGUGCUACCACUGCGAGGAAUGUAGAAAGCAGCUCUCUGAUCAGCCCGGAUCCCAGUGCUUCCCCCUGGAUGGACACCUGCUGUGUCACGCCUGCCACAUGAUAAGGAUUGCGCGCUGCACAUAACCUUCCCCCUCACAUCAACAAACAGGGAGGAACCUUUCCUGGCAAGAAACACUCAGUUUGUACAGCUUUCUAGUUCUCCAGUUGAUAGGCAGUUGCACUGUCUGUCUGUUGCUGUCUUAAGUGGAAAAGUGUUACCACAUUGACUUACUCAUAUGCUUGUGUCAGUGUCAAGGACUAGUGAUGGACCAGUCAAGAAUGAUGGUAUUCAAAAUGCCAUUGAUCAGGCAAAUUCUGUUGCGUGUUUUUUUUUUGUUUGUUUUUUUACAGUCAGAACUGUAUGAUUAUUUUUUAUGCCUGACCAAGAGAUCAUUGUCUCUGCUCAAACAAAGAGCACAAAUACACACAGAUCCUGCUGACAUUUCAAAGUCUGAGUUCUGGCUUUGAACAACACAGCUGUAUUAUUAUCGUAUGAACUAAGUACUAAAAACACACAAACUACUGCUUAUUAUUCUGUGUCUACUGUGUGCUGUAGAGAAGAACAAGGGACUAUUAUCUGUUUCUUGUGAAGUCAUAUUUAAUAUCAGUAGCAAUGGUUUUGCACUUAAAAUGUUUACCUUUUUAAAGAGAUUUAAGAACAUGUACCUUCAAAAAAAGAUGAAAAACAUUCCUGUAUCUUUUUUUUUUAAUUAAUAAAUAUUUUGUGUGGUUUCAGAGAAAAGUUGCAG